AAGUAAAACGGCAGCCAAACAAACACGCUGUUUUUCAAAGUCUUCAAUUAAAAACCAUUUUUCGCCUUCCCGUAGUUUCAGAGCUUCUUCUCCGGUGAAAAUGGAAACACCAAACUCCAUUUCCAUUUCCAUUUCUCCUUUCUCUUUUUCUCUCUUGAUUUCCAUUUUCUUUUCCCCUUUUCUCACUCUAUAAACCCAUUUCCUCUCUCCCUCUCCCUCAAUUUGGUCUUUCCCCUUUCUCCCUCCUCUGUUCAUGGCUGUUACUCCCAAUGAAGUACAUCACACCACAACCCAACAAAACACCCCUCUCCUAUCUCUCUCCUCUUUUAAAUGACGACUUUAUCCUCUCCCCCCCUCGCCCUCGCCGUCCUCACUCUCAUCGCUGUCGUUUUUCCCCUGUUCCCGGCGAUCCAAGCUCUCGGUUCAGCCUCUACUCUUGCUGUUAGCUACGGCUCCCGCACCGUCUGUGGCAUCGUCGCCGAGCAGCCGACUCAAAGGAUUUUGUGUUUCCGUGACGGUCAAACCAUUUUUAUCGAACCCCAUGUAUCCUUCUCCGCUGUAUCCGGUGGUCGGAAUAUUUUCUGCGGUAUAAGGUCCGGCGGCUACACUCUACUCUGUUGGGGCUUCAACUCGACCAACGCUGCGUUUACCCGGAGAAGACUUUACUAUAACCCCAACGUUCUUCUCGAGAAUCUCGCAGUCGGCGACGACCAAAUCUGCGCGACGGUGGUUGGUGCCGGCAAUGUAACUUGCUGGCGAGAUGGUAACAACGCGAGAGGUGAGUUUUCUUCUGUUCAAUAUGAUUCAAUCUCUUCUGGGUACGGGUUUUCUUGUGGGAUUUUGAAAGGGAAUCAAUCUGUUCGAUGUUGGGGUAGAAAUUCGUCGAUUGCAACCGAAAUCGAAGAUGGGUUUCGAAAUAUUUCAAUGUUGAGUAUCGUCGCAGGUGGGUUUCAUGUUUGUGGAUUGAAUAUCUCUGGUGGGUUAGUUUGUAAAGGGAAUAAUGAUUUUGGGCAGUUGGAUUUUCCUUCAAAUUCUUCCGUGGAGUUCUCUGAAUUAGCUCUCGGUGAACGCCAUAGCUGUGGGAUUUUAGUCUCGAAUCGAUCGGUAAUUUGUUGGGGUGGCUUGGGAUUUUCUAUUGAUUCGAUUCGUGAAACUUCGUUUGAAUUAAUUUCCUCAGGAUCUGAUUUUGUUUGUGGUUUAACAACGAGUAAUUUCUCUGUUCUUUGUUGGGGGCCUGGUUGGUCCAAUAAUUCUUCAAGUCCUUCUUCACUUUCUCUUCCUAAGAUUCUUCCUGGUCCUUGUGUUCUUCUAUCUUCUUGUAGUUGUGGGGUUUAUCCUUUAUCUCAAACCCUCUGUUCUAACUCUGGGAAUGUCUGUAAUCGCUGUUUGUUUACUGUUCCAACGCCAUCGUCGCCGGAACCAUUGCCUUCCUCACCUCCACAGUCGCCACCGGGGACGACCCCGUCAUCUCCGCCAGCUGCCUUGAGAAAAGGUUUGUUGGCAUUUGGUAUUGUGGGCUCAGUUGGGGCCUUUGCUGGGAUUUGCACAAUUAUUUACUGUUUGUGGACCGGUGUUUGUUUUGGGAAUAAGAAGAUACAUAACUCUGUUCAGCCUACCAUCACUAGAGCUGCUAGUUCUAAUGGUGGAACGACAACGUCAAACACAAACAACAGCCCUCCGUCGCGGUCGUCGACAAUACGGCGUCAAGGUUCACGGAUAAUGCGAAGGCAGAGGAGUGGUACAUCGUCCAAGCACGCAGAUAGAGCAGAAGAAUUUACUCUAGCGGAGCUUGCCAUGGCUACUAAUGAUUUCUCACCUGAGAAUAAGAUUGGUGAGGGGAGCUUCGGUGUCGUGUACCGAGGGAAACUGUACGAUGGUCGGGAAGUUGCGAUAAAGAGAGGUGAAACGGGGCAGAAAACUAAGAAGUUCCAGGAGAAAGAGAGUGCUUUUGAUUCAGAAUUGGCGUUCUUGUCUAGGCUCCAUCAUAAGCAUUUGGUUAGGCUUGUUGGGUAUUGUGAAGAGAAGGAUGAGAGGUUGUUGGUUUAUGAAUAUAUGAAAAAUGGCGCACUUUAUAAUCAUCUUCAUGACAAGAACAACAUUGAGAAAGCUAGUAGUGUUGUAAAUUCUUGGAAAAUGAGGAUCAAAAUAGCUUUAGAUGCAGCUAGAGGGAUUGAAUAUCUUCAUAACUAUGCAGUCCCUCCCAUCAUCCAUAGAGAUAUUAAAUCAUCCAAUAUUCUCCUCGAUGCAAAUUGGACGGCCAGGGUAUCUGAUUUUGGGUUGUCAUUGAUGAGUCCAGGGUCGGAUCGUGAUUAUCGGCCGACGAAGGCAGCUGGGACGGUUGGUUAUAUCGAUCCUGAGUACUAUGGAUUGAAUGUUUUGACUGCUAAGAGUGAUGUGUAUGGGCUUGGGGUGGUGUUGUUGGAGCUUUUGACAGGGAAGAGAGCUAUAUUCAAGGAUGAGGAACAGGGAGGGACACCGGUGAGUGUGGUCGAUUAUGCGGUGCCAGUGAUUAUGGCGGGAGAAUUAGAGAAGAUUUUGGAUCAAAGAGUCGGACCACCGCAGAUCAACGAAGCGGAGGCAGUGGAGCUAGUGGCUUACACGGCGAUGCAUUGUGUGCAUUUGGAAGGGAAAGAUCGACCGACGAUGACCGACAUUGUUGCUAAUUUGGAACGAGCUUUGAAUCUCUGUGAUGAUAGCCAUGGUAGCAUCUCUAGUGGUGGAAUUUCCAUUGUUUCAGAGUAAGAAAUUCUUCAAAAAGAAAAAAGAAAAAAAAGAAAAAAAAAAUUUCAAAGAGAAACAAAAAUUUUGAGCUGUUCUUCUUCAUUGUUCUUUUUUCUUUCUUCUUCA